AUGGCUUUCAGCUCUUUCCAGGAUCGUCGAGUGCAGCUGUCUCCAGCUCCUACGGCUGUCGAGGAGUUCGAGCCAGCUUCCCAAAAGCUCCGACCCAGUCGAGACAGGAUGCCAACACCCCAUGUCAGCUCCAGCUUGAUCGAGGAGACGUUUGCGAACUUUUCGAAGACCGUUCGCGUGUUUCCGGCCGCGGAGACCGAGGUCAUACAUCUCGAUGGGCAGAGACGGCCCGUUCGAGAACGUCAGGCCACCCCGUUCCUCAAGGAGGACAGCGAUUUGGACUCGAAAGCAGUCGAGUUCAGCGACAAAGUCAGCUGGGAAACUCCAAGCAAGGUCAUUGCCGCUGCGCAGUCCAAGGCCUCGCUGGCCUGUCGGCAGGUCGGUCGAUCGGUCCGUGACCGAGUCGCGACCCCGUUUGCUGGCCAAGCACAGGAGUUCGAGGACCAUCGCGUGCUGCUCACAACGGUCGUCUCCACAGUCGAGGAGUUCGAGGUGACAUCCAACUUCCGUUCAAGCCGAGACAGGAUUCCGACACCUCACGUGACCUCGGAGAUGCAGGAGACCCUCGACGUGAGCGCUGGGAAGACGGUCCGAGUCUCGCCCGCAGUCGACGUCGAGGCCAUUCCCGCAUCAGGAAAGAGACGGUCAAGUCGAGACCGACAGGCAACCCCAUUCUUCAAGGAGGAUGUGGUGAAUACGGUCGAGAUGCAGAACGACACUUUGGGUCACGAG